UGCGCUGGGGCGACCGCCGGGGUGAGACGGGAGAAGGAGCCGGUGUGGGGCGGGCCCUUCCGGGUGUCGUGCCGCGCGGCCCCAGCAGGACCCUCCCGCGUCUCUCCCUCCCCCCGCAGGAAGGACCGCCGCCGCCGCCGCCGCCGCCGCCGCCAGGGCCCCGGGCCAGCAUGGCGGAGCAGAAGCGCCUGGCCUUCGCCAUCAUCGAGUUCCUGCAGGGGCAGCUGCAGCACGGCGGGCUCUCCCCGGACGCCCAGGAGAGCCUGGAAGUGGCCAUCCAGUGCCUGGAGACGGCCUUCGGGGUGUCCGUGGACGACAGGGGCCUGGCCAUCUCCCAGAAGCUCCCGGACAUUUUUGAAGCCGCUGCGGCCAAAGAGCCAUUGCAGAGUUGCCCCGUUGCUGAGCCCACCACUCCCUCUGAAGAAGAUGCGGCUGAAGCUGAAAGACUGAAAACUGAAGGAAAUGAGCAGAUGAAAGUGGAGAAUUUUAAAAGUGCUGUCUCUUUCUACGGAAAAGCCAUCGAACUCAACCCGUCCAACGCAGUGUAUUACUGCAACCGGGCUGCCGCUUACAGCAAACUCGGAAACUACGCCGGGGCAGUGAGGGACUGUGAGAGAGCCAUCGGCAUCGACCCCAAAUACAGCAAAGCCUAUGGCAGGAUGGGGUUGGCCCUGUCCAGCCUCAACAAGCUCUCGGAGGCCAUCUUCUACUACCAGAAGGCACUGGAGCUGGACCCAGAGAAUGAAACCUAUAAGUCCAACUUGAAAGUCACUGAGCAGAAGAUGAAGGAGGCCCCGAGCCCGACGGGCAGCGCUGGAGGGUUUGACCUGGCUGGCUUGCUUAACAACCCCGGCUUCAUGAGCAUGGCCUCCAACCUGAUGAACAACCCGCAGGUGCAGCAACUCAUGUCCGGGAUGAUUUCGAGCAGCCAGAACCCAAUGGCCGCCCCGGGAGCCAGCACUGCCCCCCAUGAUCUCGCCAGUCUCAUCCAAGCAGGCCAACAGUUUGCUCAGCAGAUGCAGCAGCAAAAUCCGGAGCUCAUAGAACAGCUGCGCAGCCAGAUCCGGAGCCGGACCCCCAGCGCCAGCAACGAAGAGCAGCAGGAGUGAGGCAGCUGCCGGAUGACUCUGCUCCUGGUCAGGAAGACCCCUUUUGCCCCAAGGGAAGGACCAGCUGAAGAGCCUUCGAGCUGCUGCUGCCACCAGCCCAGCCGUUCCUCCAUUGGAAAAGCCCAUGAGGGAUUUGGGGGGGAAGGGGAACCAAGCCUGAUCCGGCCUGCAUGUUAGAGACUGUUUUGCGUAGCUUCCCCUCCCUGCUUCCUCCCCACCUUACUCCCUCGUGGACUUUGCCAGGGGGAGGAGAGUUACUGACCACAAGUCAGCAUCUACCCCCACCCCCACCCCCACCUUGGACCUCUAAGGCAAGCUGUGGGGCUGUCAACACCAUGCCUUUCCUGUUGCUCAGAAGAACAAACCCACCUACCCCCGAGACUGCGCCAUCCUCCAGCAGGGAGAGUCGCCUUUUCCAAGCCAGGAUUUCCUCCUCCUCACCAUUGCUGGAUCCUGGCACACCAAGGCUUGAUGGCCCCUCUAGGGGAGAGGCCCAGUUGACUGGCUAGGACUGGCAUCGGUGCCCGGGAAAGAUGGGAGGGAUCUCCUCUGCUUUUCAGUAGGACCUUUAUUUUUAAGAAGGAUCGUGGCUAAACUGGUGUGACUUUUCUGUGAGUGGGUCAGGAGCUGCUUUUGAAAAUUUCAUUUCUGGGGAACUUGCCUGGCUGGACUGGCUAACAGGGCAUUACCUGCCCAGCAUGAAGGGUGCCAAGAGGACGUGGCCGCCUGACUGGGAUUGGGCCAAGCACAGCAGCUCCUUCCUGAAACGCGCUCCUUGUGUCCAGGACUCCCCUUAGCAUUGGGUGUCUAGAGUGUAGCUCUCACCCGUGGUGGUGCCUCCCGGAGGGUAUUUGGCUGCUCUCAUUUGAACCUCUUGAAUCUCCCAGAUUCCCACCAGCCAGCAGGAUGGGUCAGAUGGUAGCCCAAGGACCUUUGGGGUGGGGGGGGGAGGGUCACUUGCCUUCAGUGCCAUCUGUCAGAAGCCCCCUAGAGACUAGCCUGCCCUGCUUCACCCAGGUGCCCCUUUGCUGGCCGGCCAGGGGCUCUGGAAAGAAAAGCAAUGGUCCCGGGAGCCUUCUGGUGCCCUCCUGGUCAGCCCAGAUGUGCAGCCCCACUGGCUGCCAGGGGCAGAGCCUUGUCAAGUGCCUCUGAUUUCUCAUCUGGCCAUUGCCAGGGGCUGCAGAAACCAUCUUGUGGAACGGCUGGGCACUGGGGCAGAUGCAGAUUUUAGGGCAACAAAGUAGGAAGAGGGGUGGGGGGUUGAAGUCCUACCCAUGGCCCCUUCCAUGGGUGCCAGGAGGGGGAAGCUGCCAGGCUAGAAGGGUAAGUAAUCCCAGGGGUGGGGGGGGGAGGGAGCCCAGGGUGCUUCCAAUAAGCAAGGAGGGGCUGAAGAAUCAACGUCUGUCUCCAGCAAUGGCUUUUCUUUGAUGUAGGAAAUAAAACUACUUUGGACACUG